CAAUGCGGUUGUCGGGAUGUAAGGAGGAAUGGCGACGGUCGAGACGGUUUUGGAGGCUACGGUUGAGAUGAAUUUUGACCAAGAAGCCGAACUCAGGUGUGAAUCCUGUCUCCUCCACCUCAGCUGUUAGUGACAGCAAAGACGCCCCCAAAAUGGACGCGGAAGGGACGGCGUCCUCGCCACCCGGCGUCCUCUCGCCCUCCGCUCCCCAGACUUCCCCCGCGCCGGCCCACCUGGCGGCGAAGCAGAGGGACGGCAGAAAGACCUCAUCCGCCGCCCCCGCCUUCCUCUCCAACCUGGGCAGGGCCACGCUGCGCGGGAUCCGCAAGUGUCCGCAGUGUGGCGUCUACAACGGCACCCGGGGGCUCAGCUGCAAGAACAAGGCGUGCGGGAUUUCCCUCAGAAACGCCUCCUCGGCGGCGGGCAGGAGCGGCAGGAAAUGCGCCGUGGACGCGGUGAGAGUGAUAAUAGACAGCGAGGAAAGGAUGGGGAAGGAGUGUGAAGGUGUAAGAAGGGGGAGAGGAGGAGGAGGAGGAGGAGAUGGCGGAGGAGGCCCGAGCGGAGGAGUGCAGGUGUUCUCGGUGCGUCACAGAGGAAGAGGAGCCACGCCGACGCAGUUGGGCUUCGUGGAGCUCGUCCCCACGGACACCGCCAUAGCGACGGGUGACGGCGCCACCCUGUUGACCCGGGUCAACCUGGGGCGCUGCUUUUUGCCCUCGUGCCGGCAGGGUCAAAGGUCGCAUCGGGGCGAGGCGGAGUCGUCCGCGGCGCCCGCUUCGAAACAGCCGCCGGACAGCCUGUGCGCGCACAUCAAGCAGGCGAUAGAGUGCCGCGCCUUCUCCACGCCGUUGACCCUGAAGAGCUCCGUCCUGGACGGCCUGCAGGCCUCCAUCCAAGCCAGGAAGGAGCUGUGGAUGCUCGCCACGGAGUCUCCGGGCCCCCUGGUGCAGCGCGUGGCCAAGGGCACGCUGGUGGUGAAGUGCCACGUGGAUUCCCAGCAUCCUCUGGGGCUGCUGCAUCUCACCGUCGGGGCGGGGGGGCUGCUCGAGGGUGCGAAGAGCGAGAGGAAGGGCAGAGAGCCGCAGCGCGGCGUCUUCCACUGCGCCUGCCAGGCCGGCGCCAGGAAGAGCAAAGCCGGGGCCGACGCGGCGCCCGACUCGCAUCCGCCGCCUGGCGGGCCGGGCCCGUCGCAGCCCUGCCUGCACUUCUACGCCUGCGUGUGCGCCUUCGCAAGCGACGAGAAACUGGCGUCAGAGUUCGCCGCCUUCAUCAAGUACACGCCGAAUGGUGUGCCGCACGACGCUGCGGGCGGAGCAGCUGGUCCCAGUGAGCAGCCUCGGCAUCACGCCGACCCGACCAGCCCCCUCCUGAAGACCAAGAAGCUGCGCCUGGACGAAUCUCUCUCUGGGAGUGCGCCGGUCGUGGAUGAGCGGGCGGUGACGUUGGGCUUCCACCAGUGGCUGGCCGGCGUCACGGAGAGGAUCCACCAGACGAUGCACUACCAGUUCGACGGGAAACCACAACCUCUGGUGUACCACAUCCCGCAGGAGUUCUUCAGCGCUCUGCUGCACCGCCUGUCGCUGGCCUCCAAGAAGAAGAGGCUGCCGAACCUCACCUCAGCGAUUGUGAGGAACGACGACCUCACCCUCGGCUCGUUCUCCAAGUACACCUGGCACAUCACCAGCCUCACGCAGGUCAAGCGCGUCUUUGACACCUCAGAGGUGCCUCUGGAGCUCACCCAGAGUUUCGUGAGGAACGCCGACGGCUCUUACUCCCGCUUCCGCUGCCCGGAGCCGCCCCCGCCCCCGCCGCCGCCCGAGCCGGAGCCGCCGGCGGCGGAGGGGCCGAGGACGGAGCGGCCGCAGGCCAUACGGCCGAUGGAGCUCCGCACCUUCCUCAAAGUCGGGCCGACGGCGGAGCAGGCGGAGGCCGGCCCCUUCGUGAUCGAGUGGAUCCCGGACGCUCUGCCUCGCUGCCGCAUGGGGGAGCUCAGCAUCGGCUUCCAGUUCGGCCACCAGCAGAGCGGCGGGCGGCCGGAGGGCUGCGAGAAGACGGGCGCGGCGGAGAGGGGGGGGCGCGGCAGGCCGGACCGCCCGCGGCGAAGCAAGCACCCGCAGGCCGUGGAAAUCAUCCGGGUGGUCGUGUAAUGGCGGCGUGUGUGACAUCAUUGACGUGUUAUAAUCGAUCCACACACACACACACACGUGACCAAUGGCUCUCACAUAGCAGUCAUCAAAACAAAAACUAUAAAAUAAGCAUAUUUGGGGAAUUUGGUUUAAAAGACGAAAUAAUA